CUACACGAAUUUUCUCUCUUGGAGGCUUGAUAUUUUCUUAGUCACUUUUUUUCUUUUUGUUUUUUGUUUGUUGUGCACACUAUAAAUAGAAGAGGGACCUUUUUUUUAUCUUGAAUGAUAGAAGAAACAGAGAAUUAGGGUUUCAUCUAAUCUGCCAUAGUUAUGGAUCCGCAGGUGGUGGUCGAUAAGAAAUCUGAGGAGCCUGAUCUGAAGCGUCAGAAGCUGGAGGAGGAGGAGGAGGAGGAUUGCGAAGAGAUGUCUUCGUACAGCGAGUCGACGUGUAGUUUCGAUUCGGAAGAUGAACGAUUGGUCGAAGAAGAAUACCAAAGAAGCGGGUAUUACGACUUUGACACCACGAAACAAAGACGCCUUGUGUUUUGCUAUCCUGUUAUCUUCGAGGAUAGUGACGUUGCUCAUAAACCCGAAACCGACGGAGAUUUGGUUCAUAGAUUAUCCAAGAUUGCUCUUCAGAAAUACAAUGAUGAUAAGCUGGAAAAUCUUGAACUUGUGAGAGCUGUCAAGGCUAAUCGGAAAUAUGGAGCCGGAUUCAUUUUCUACAUCACCUUCGAGGCCAAGGAUGCUAAUUCUCACACUGACCCCAUUACUUUUCAAGCUGCCGUUCGCUACCUUCGAGGGAUUGAAACGGUCUACCGUGUCCACCCUAAACCAUUAUUAGAUUCGUAAGCUCUAAAAUUUUCCCAUCCUACUAAGUUUAAGUUGUUAUUGAUAUGUGUUUUGGUAAAAUCUUGUUUUUUUUUGUGUGUUUACUGUUUAGGACCAAGUAGUGGCAGAUGUAACGGGAUGUUCCUUUGUAUAAUGACAUUCUACUCAACUUUCUAUUUAUCUGCAAACUUCUUUACCGUUUCUGGGAUAAACUUAUGCAUCUUUUACUCUCGUACCAUUAAGCUGUGUGUAUCUUUAACUUCUAUUGCGACAAGUUGUUUACUUUGUUUUGUAAAGAUUUUU